AUGUUUGGGCUGAAUCGAAAUGCAAAUAUAUUUCGACAAUAUCAAUAUGAACAGAUUAAUAAUCGUUAUGGUAAUCUAAUCAAAGAGAUUUCAAUUUUAAAUAAUCAAAUGAAACGUUUUCUAAGCAUAUUAUUCGUUGGUUUAAUGUUAUUAUUAACAUAUUUAGCUUGUUUAAUAUUUUUAGUUGAUCUAAUACCUGGCUAUAAAUAUCCAUAUUGUUGUUUAUUUUGUAAUCAUACAUUGAUAUUAUCAAUAUUUAUUUAUAAUUGUUCAAAAAUUGAACAACAAAAUCGUUUAUAUUUAAAAAUUAAUCGAAAAUGUUUGGAUCAUAUUCUAAAGAAUUCAAGACAAUUUUUCAAGUUACAUGAACUUAAUGAUACAUUAUUGAGCAAACAUCCCGGUUUUUUAUUAGUAAAUGGCGUAANAAAAGGUUUAAUAAAUGUUAAAAAUUUUUACAAGUAUAUAUCAAUCAAUGAAAUAUCGAUGAAAAUACCAUUUGGUUUAACAUUAACCAAUAAUGUAGCUAUUACACAGAAUACAUUUACAACUGUAUUCUAUAAUAUGAGCAAUUUUUAG